AUUGAUUCGAUAUCAGUUUAGAAACUGCAAUUAUUGUUAACACAUCUUCGUCGCUCUACUAGCUCUGUACCUUCUUAAUCAAAAUGAAUCUGCUUUUAGUGAGCCUUUGCUUAAUCGCUGUCGCCUCAGCCGCCCCAUCUGAAAAUAGUGAUAAGUUAGCUGCUAUCCGUGCUCUCCCGGCGCUUGAGCACUCGGAGAUCCACGAUGAAUCCGGACAGUACGAGUUACGGUACGUAACAGCGGAAGGAACCAUCGUUACGGAACGCGGGCGUCUCGUACCCUCACCUGAUGGCAAUGGACUUGUGCUAGUCACUGAAGGAGAAGUAUCCUACGUCGGCGAUGAUGGCAGGACUUAUGUUACCAAGUACAGCGCUGGGCUAGAUGGUGUUAAAAUGGAGGGAGCCCACCUUCCCGUCGCUCCUGAGCCUAUACCUGUUGAAGUUGUUGCAAGCCCUUGAAAUAUAUCUAUA